UGUGGACUUGUGUACAAGAGGAGAGGAGAGCGCGUUGCUAGCAACUAGCCGCAGAAAUUCGCUCGAACGUGGCCAUGCUGCACACGGUAGGCUUCAUUUCUUAUAACAAGGCCCAAGUGCAAUCGCCGCUUCUGUCGCGCAAGGGCAAAGGGACGCGUUGAUUCUUUGACCCGCACCCUCCCCAAAAACUCUAACCCCCCCCCAAAAAAAAACAAAACAGCUGCUCCGGAGAAUUGUGCAAAAUCUGAGCUGCGCGUUAGCUGGCCGAGCCUGGCUCGGGAGCACAAGAAUGGGGUCGUGGUCCACUUGGAUUAGCUUGCGAGUCAAGUGACCUUUGAAUGCGCUCCCGGAUGGCGAAUUUCACAAAUUAUCAGGAAGGAAAGGCGGCGAUGUUGCUGCUGGAGACUCAGCAGAGGAACGUGGGGUCCAAAGCUCCCGCUGCAAACGUAGACGGCCCGGUCGGGGAACCCCCUUCCCCGUUAAUUAACGUCAGCGGCGCGGCUGCAGGCGGAGGAGGAGGAGGAGGAGGCGGCGGCUCUCGUUCCCAUCAGUUUCCGCCCUCCUACCACCACCUUGAACCGUAUCACUAUGAGCUGGCGUCGCAUCAUCAUCAUCAUCACCACCACCACCACCAUCAUCACCUUCAUCACCAUCUCUCCGCCGACGUCGCCGAGUCCCCAGGCAGGAAGUCGUCGUCCCCGGUAGAUUGCGGCGCCGCUCCCCUCCCCGCCGCCGUCGGCUCGUCCGACCCGGCGGACGACGUCCGAAAGUGCGGCUACCUGCGCAAGCAGAAGCACGGGCACAAGCGCUUCUUCGUGCUGCGGGCUUCCAGCCACCUCGGCCCCAGCCGCCUGGAGUACUACGACAGCGAAAAGAAAUUCCGGAGCGGCUUGCGCGGGGGAGCCGUGGGCCCGUCCUCCCCCAAGAGGGUCAUUUACCUCUACCAAUGCUUCACCGUCAACAAGAGGGCCGACUCGAAAAACAAACACCUCAUUGCCCUUUACACAAAGGACGAAUACUUUGCUAUUGUGGCGGAAAACGAGCAGGACCAGGAGGACUGGUACGUGGCCGUCAGCGAGUUGAUGAGCGAGGGCAGAAAGGGCCAUCUCAUUACGGACGAUUUGGACGAUGGCUAUGGUACCGUCACCCCUGGUACCGUCUUCAAGGAGGUGUGGCACGUGAACGUCAAACCCAAAGGACUCGGUCAAACGAAAAACCUCACAGGCUUGUAUCGCCUUUGCCUCUCAUCCAAAACCCUUCACCUCGUCAAGUUGAACUCCGAGACCCCCUGCGUGAACCAGCACCUGAUGAACAUCAGGCGCUGCGGACACUCGGAAAGCUUCUUUUUCAUCGAGGUGGGUCGCUUCUCGUCCAUCGGGCCGGGGGAGAUAUGGAUGCAGGUGGACGACUCGGUCGUGGCCCAAAAAAUGCACGAGACCAUCCUAGAGACCAUGAAAGCCCUGAAGGCGUUCGCGGAGUUCCGGCCGAGGAGUAAGAGCCAGUCAUCGGGCUCCAACCCCAUGCCGUUUAUUACUACGCGCCGCCACCUGAGCAAUCUCCCGCCGAGCCAGACGGGCCUUCAGCGGCGAUCCAGAAUGGAGUCGGUUGUGGGAACUCCGCCGUCCAGUAAGAGCUCCGGCUCCAGCGGUUACCGUUUCCGCACAUCCAGCGAGGGCGAGGGCACCAUGAACCGGCCCUUUCGCUCCGCCACAGGAAGCCUGCUCCACCUCAACUCGGUGCGUCCUCAUCACGGCCGCGCCGAGGGAAGCCUGCCGGGCAGUAGCGGCGCGGCUGCAGGAAACGCUGGCACGAGCGCUGGGGGCGGGCGCUACAUGCGGGCUAACCCCGCAUCGUCGGCCUCUACCUACCAUGCGCGAUCCGCCUCCCUCCCAGUUUCCCACUUCCCUUCCACCACAAGCCCCGUCAGCGUGUCCUCCAGCAGCGGCCACGGUUCUGUGUCGGACACCCUCACCCGCCCGUCCAGCGCCUCGAUAUGUGGCUCCCCAUCCGACGGCGGCUUCAACUCUUCUGACGAGUACGGAUCCAGCCCCGGUGACUUCAGAUACUUCCGUGUACGCAGUAACACCCCCGAUUCCCUGGGGAACACUCCGCCGAUCAGAGAGGAGAACUGCCUAAGCGACUACAUGGCCGUGGGCUUGAACAGGGAGGUGUUUGGUACCGGCGCCGGGUCUGGGAACAACAGCGGCGCCGACACCCCGCGAGAGGAAGGCACGUCUACCACUGACGACGAGCGCUUUUCAUCGACGUCGCUCAGGAGGAGGAGAAGCGGCGGGCCCGGGGUGGCUCUCUAUCAGAAAAUGACCCAAACUAAUUUUUCAUUAGAAGAAGGUGCAGAUGUCCCGUUUGGUGCUAGCCUCCAGCGGGGCGGACCCACAUCCUCUUCGUCAUCUCUGCGCUCCGACUACAGUUCCUGCUCUGAGCACAGCCAGCAGAGCCGGCCCUCAACGCUGCCGCGGGCGGAGACCGGCGGUGAGCACCCUCCCCCGUCCUCCGCCAAGGAAGAAAGCGGCUAUGUGCCCAUGAUGUCCGGGGUGGCCGUGUCGCCGAGGGACACGCCCCCGGACUACGUGCCCAUGCAUCCUAGCUUUCAUCACGGUUCCCACGCCACGCAGUUUCAUAGUCCGUCUUUGGGCCCCCGCUCAGCCCCCCGCCAGUCGCACCCCUCCGCCGACACCCACGGCUACAUGAUGAUGCUCCCGGGCUCCGGGGGCAGCUCGUCCUCCCCCGUGCAGACCUCCCUCAGCCCCAACGGCGGACACGGCACGGCAGGAACGAGCGGGAGUGAAAGCAUAGCUGAGAGACCUGAGAACGGAGAAUACAUGGACAUGUCGUCCAGGGGCAGCGACGGUCGCAAGGUGGAAGGCAGCAGCGGAACCUACGCCGCUGAGGGCUUCUGGAGGUCUUACAGCCCUUAUUUCUCUCUCCCUCGUUCUUACAAGGCCCCAACUAGAGAUCGGCACGAGAAGGAGUUUGACGACUACGUUCUGAUGAAGUCUCCCGCCAAGCCCGGCUACUCAUCAGCCGUCACGGCUUCCUUUUCCCCACUUGAGAGGAGGAGCUGCAAUUGCACUUCCACACCCUCGCACCCGCCGCCGCCUUACGGGGCUCACCACACGACAGCCGCGAUGGCUGACCGGCGCGCGGUGAGACCCAACCGCCUUCCAUUGGGCAGGAGAAGCUUCCACGGUCCGCUGCGAGUUAGCGAGCCAUCCACCUCAGCCGCAAUUACCUCCACCUCAGCCCCAACCGCCCGGACCUCAUCUGACAGGCCCCCGAGCCCCGGAGAGUAUAUCAACAUUGACUUUAGUGACCAGUACCCCCGGCAACAGCAGACCCUUGUCGACCCUCUAUCCACCCAGAACGAAGCCCCCUCUCUGCCCUCCGGUGACAACCGUCAAUCCCCCCCGUUACCCCAAACCGUUCAAGACUACAUGAGUGUGGAGGUGAGCUGUGAUCGUCAGGACAGCAACGGGUGUCUGGGUAAGUGCCAGUCACCCAGACCCAGCCUUGUGGCCCCUUGGAAUCCACCCAGCUAUAUCCGACCCCUGGGUAGUAAUCCUGGCGCUCCGGCCUUCCCUGAAGUCCCCGCUGGAGGUCACUGGAGGUCAGCGGGCGAAGGCUACACUGAAAUGACGUUCAGCAGGGGCGAACGGACUCAAACGAGCCCCACUGACAUGCUGCAGCAUCUCUGUGUGAUGGAGGGAUGCUUUGGUCACAGUGCCUCCUCUUCCUCCAUUUCCCCCACACUGCCCCCAAGAAGCCCAGGAAGGGCACCGACGUCGGAGCCAAAGGUCAUCCGGCCAGACCCUCAAGGCAGGAGGAGACACAGCUCCGAAACCUUCUCUUCCACCACCUCCUCGAAUUCAACACCCUCAGGAGGGGUGUCCUCCGCCACCCGCCCGACGCAAGUGGACAGCGCGACCUCAAACGUUUCACACGUGCCAGAAGGCCAGUCCUCCAGAUGGGCGGGCUCGGUAUCCUUCGACGGCGUCUGGAUGUCCUUGGAAGGCCACGGGGACCCGUCACUUGUCCAAGCCCAGGUCGGCGCGUCGGAUCCGAGCACAGGAACCAAUACCUCAGCGUCCUCCUCGCCCGCGACCAGCAGAAUGUACGGAAAUGACACCUCUGUGGGACACCGGAACGGCCUCAACUACAUGGUCUUGGAGCCGAGAGACGACUGGGGCCGUGCAAAUGCCGCCCCUACGACCGGUCUCGGCGAGAUUUCCAUCGUGCCAGAAAACGAGGCCUACACCAGUCUAGACUCCGCCAAAUCAGCCGGCGUCUCCACGACAACAAAGGACUGAGCGGCGGUGGACGCCUCCAACUACCGGACGGGGGAUGUUCUGUUCCGGAUGCAGAAGACAACCCAAGAGAUGCAGUGGGGUGGGGUGGGUGAUGGGGGGUCGCGGGGGGGGUCUUGAAUCCCCCCCCCCCAUCCAAUUGAGCUGUCUCUCAUUUUGAUUUGUCUUUGUUUUACAUGCAACCUGUCACUGUGUACGUCUUUUUGUUUUUAAUUUUGCUCUCCGGCGCCAUCGCCAGUGUUUUUGCUGCUCUCCCGCCUGAACACGCAGCAGUGUGGGGGGGGGGCUCUGUUGCACAAAAGCUUGUUAGCGGGUGCCCCCCCCCCCCUCAAUCACCCCUCCAUCCCUUCCUCAUUCGGUAUUCUAAAGGGAGGCAUUACGGUGUAGUCUCUGUUUUAUUGUUUAUUCUUUUUCUUUGUUUUGACCCAUCCAGGCUUGCUAUGGUACUGUACAGUAAUUACAUUGUGGGCAAAGUCAUUGUAGAGAAUGUGUGUGUGUGUGUGUGUAUAUGUCCACUAUAUACAUAUUUUUUUUUGUUAUUUGGGGCUGGGGGUACUCAUUCACUUGACCUAAAAUAGCUUCCCGAUCCCAAAGAGGAAGUAAAAUUUCCUUUCGUACAAGUUGCACAUCUUAUUUAUUGAAGGUCCGAAUAGUUCCGGUACAUUUCUUAGCUCUUCGGCUACUGUAUCCUUUUUGUGUCCUUUUUAUGAAGCGGAAGAGCAGUUUUCAGUUAUUUUUUUAUUAUUAUUAUUUUUAUCCCAUCCCCCCAGCCCCACCGCCUCCAUGCAAUCGCCACCCAUAUUUAUUUUUUGAUUUAAACGGUUCGUCACAUUACAGUAUUUGAAACUGGGCCGGCUCAGAUUGGAUUGGACUUCACAAGUGUCCUGAUGUUAAGAAUUUUGUGUGUGUGUGUGUGUGUGUGUGUGUGCGCGCGCACGUUCAGCUGGAAAGAAUUAAUAUUUGUUUAAUUAUGUGGUCCAAGAGUGGACUCGACUGCAUCCUUAUGCAAGCAUUGUUUCCCCCCCCCCCCAUAUUUGUAUUUAAGUUGACGCCAGAGGACCGUUGCUAUCCUAUUUUAUUUUUAAUUUUUAUUUUUUUGUGGUAUCCAGGCAACCUGCAAACAAAGUGACAAAUGCCUGGUGACUUUUUUUUGGGGUGGGGGGGAGGGUGGGAGGGGGCAGCAUUUUGCAGUUGUUUGUAUUGAGAAAUUGGUUAUUUUUUUUUGUAACUAUAUUACAGGAUAUAUGCUGCUGUCUAGUACAGUUCAGGUUGAUAGUGGGGCUCUGAUCUGGGGGUGGGCACCUCCGACUAACUUUGCCCCCCCACCCCUCCCAUUCCCGCAGUCGAAUGCUGUUGAUUCAUUAGCAUUCUCGUUGGUACGUUCUCCUGACAGUUCCUCCUAUAAAUAAGGGAAAGUUUGUGGCUUUUUUUUGUUUUUGUUUGUUUGUUUGUUUGUUUUUCCCUCCAUGCCACCGAUCUUUCGUUUUCUUUGCUGGCUCACGGAGGGGGGAAUGCCGUCGGGCGUUUUAUCGGAGGCCAUUUGAGCGUCAGCGUAAUGUUUAUAUUGUUCAAAAGUUUUGCUUUCCAUAGAGCUAUUGCAAUAAUAAAAAAAAAAAAAAAUGUUCAUCA